AUAAAUGAGGGUUUUGUAGCUCUAGCUGAAAGCGUCCCUAUUUUGCGGUCAUGCUGGCUUAAUUUUAGGGAUUGUGUCUUAUUUAUUUAUAUCCUGCCUUUAUUACCUUUUUUUGAAUAAACUCAGGGUAACAAACACGGUACAGGUAGUCCUUGAUUUACAACAGUUCAUUUAGGGACCAUUCAAAGUUACAACGGAUAUUGAAAAAAGUGACAUUUGACUUUUUCAUAGUUAACAACCAACAAAAAUCUUAUCCACAUUUUUGUCCAUGUUUGAUUGGUCCUUAUAAAGUAUUGCUUGUGGCUUCCUUUGCAACUGGUGUAAUUUCUAUUUAUUUGAUUUGCACUAAAAAGUUGGGAAGCUCUGAAAAUACACAUCAACAGAAUAAUUAAACACACCAAUUAAAACAAGCCAUGUCAAUAAAAACUAUCCACAACAAGGGGUUGAAUAAGUCAAGAUAGCAGAGACAAUUAUGCAACUAUAGGUAGUCCUCAGCUUGCAGUCAGUCGCUUAGUGACCAAAACCAUGACAGACCUCCCAAAAGGUUUUUUUCCUAGUAGUUUCCUGAAAGUUCAGGAUCUUUUUUUCAGAUCAAGUGUUGAUCCAUUGGUUGCAACAGGAAUUGACCGACCCGCCUGUUUGGGAGGAAAGCCUGAAUCUGAACCAAGGAGAGUCUUCUGAAAGAAAGAUUUGCAGAUCCACAACAUACAGGAAACCUUCGUCGGUUGCAAUCAGGCAUUGAGCUGACCCUCUAUGAGUCUGUGCCUGCUAGGGUCCUGCCUCCGGAGCCCGUGCGGGGAUGUCUCGGAGACCCCGCGCUGACUGCUGCUCAAACAUCACGAAACAAUCCCAUCCAGGGAUGUCAAAGCAGUCUUUUUUUCAGGUUAAUAAAAGUAUAAAUGAAGAUGACUUGCCCCAAACCUUGGAACUAUCAGAGCUUAAAUUGUAGAAAUGUAUGUAGAAGCUUUUGUGGAUAGAAGCUUGCUACAGUAUUUUGAACUAGCGUCUUAACACAGUACAGUUGACAUGGAUGAUGAAGAUGGACGAUGCUUGCUAGAUGUAAUUUGUGAUCCUCAGGCCUUGAAUGAUUUUUUACAUGGAUCUGAAAAGAUUGACAGUGAUGAUCUCUUGGACAACACGGGAGAUGCAGCCAGUGCCUUCUUUGAGGGUGCUGGGCUGCAUGUGCAAGAAACCUCUGGCAAUCAUUUGAACGCUGAGCAAAGCCAACCCACAACAAGUGUUGAUUUAGACUUCUUGGAAGAUGACAUUCUGGGCUCGCCUUCAGGAGGUGGAGCCAAUCUACAGAAUUCAGAUCAACCAUGUGAUAUCCUCCAACAGAGUUUGCAGGAGGCAAACAUCACCGAGCAGACUCUGGAAGCAGAGGCAGAACUCGAUCUGGGUUCUUUUCAGCUCCCUACGCUCCAACCAGUGGUGCACACUGCCUCGGAUGGUACCCCGCAAAUUUUUUCCGGUGGGGCUGACCUCAUUGGACUACAGCAACCUGCUGUCUUAACUCAUCAAGCACUGGUGCAGCAGUCCGUUGGGGCUGACGUGGUCAACAAAGCCAUCAGCGUGCAGCCUUUUCUUCAACAAGUUGGCUUAGGAAAUGUCACCAUCCAACCAAUUUCCAAUCUUCAAGGGUUGCCCAAUGGGAGCCCGAGUGGGGCACUGGGCAUUGGGCAGAUUCAAGUUGUUGGCCAGCAAGUCAUGGCAAUUAACCAGCCUGCUCAACAGAUCAUUGCUAAGCAAGUUCAGCCUUCCCAAGUGGCCACUAUGCCCGUAGGAAGUUACAUCACUCAGACGGCACCAGAACAACAGCAGGUCACCCUGGCCUCCGCUGGCGUCUCCCCCCAGAAUGCCGGCCUUGUCAUCCAGAAGAACCUCCCAGCAGUGGCCACUACCACUCUGAACGGAAGCUCGAUGUUUGGAAGCGUAUCGGCCGCUCAGGGUUCCCAACCGCUCACGGUCACAUCAAACUUGAGCAGCCCGCUUGUUCAAGCCCAAAAUGUCAUCAUUCACCGGACACCCACGCCGAUUCAACCCAAACCUGCAGGUGUCCUUCAGCAGAAGCUGUACCAGAUUACCCCCAAACCCUUCGGCCCCAACAACACCACGCUGACCCUCCAAAACGAGGCUGCUCUCCAGCAACAGAAAGCUCAGCAGAACUUAACUUUCAUGGCAGGCAAAGCGGGACAGAAUGUGGUGCUUUCUGGCUUCCCACCAGGGCUGCCUGCCAACAUGUUCAAGCAGCCACCGCCACAGCAACAAACUCUGAACAAGCCAAUGAGUGUUCAUCUGCUUAAUCAAGGCAGCAGCAUCGUUAUCCCUGCACAGCAUGUCCCCCAGGCUAUGCUACAGGGUCAAAAUCAGUUCCUCCUCCCAGGCCAGCUCACCGGAACAUCGACAGUUCAGAUCCCUCAGCAGCUCUCGGCAUUACAGGCUAACAUGGGCGGUCAGAUUCUAACGACCUCACAUCCUAGUGGGCAAACUCACAUCAUCACCAGCCAAGGCCCAGGUGGGCAGCUAAUAACAAACCAAGCACUGCCUGCCCAAAUUCUCACCAAUCAGAACCUGGCAAGCCAGCUCAAUUUGGGACAAGUGCUCACCUCACAGAAUGCCCAUGGAACAGCUCACAUUCUUUCUGCACCCAUUCAGUUGCAACCAGGGCAGGUGGGCCAACCCACUCUCUUCCAGAUGCCUGUAUCUCUGGCUGGUAGCCUGACAACUCAAAGCCAGCCCACUGCUGCGGCCUCACUGACCGGUGGUGCCAUCAAUCAGAGCGGUCAGACUGUUAUCCAAGGAGUCACUCUGCCUAACCAAGUGGCUAUGUUAAAUGCUGCGGAGAGCCUCAACCAAACCGUGACCAUACAAGCACCGCCUAAUGCCACCAGCCAGAGCCCUGGUCUUAUUCAGCCACAGUCAGCCUCCAGCACCAACCUGCUACCGAGUGACCAAGCCAAUAUGCUAACUGUCCAGUCCGCCUCUCAGCCCUCUGCUCCUUCUCAGCUUCAGUUGAACGUUCAGCAGCAAACACCACCACCUCAGCAGCAAGCACAAAUACCCGUGACUUCCCAGUCCAGCCCUAAUUUGGUGGCAUCAAGUCCCGAAAAGAUUAUUUUGGGCCAGACAGCUGCUGGAACUGUAAUCUCCCAGGAUUCCAUGCAGAUGUUUCUACAGCAGAAGGAUCAGAGCCAGCAGCAGCAGCAGCAGCAGCAGCAACAGCAAUUUUAUUCGUCAGCUCUGAAAAUGCAGCAGGAGAGCAGUAUGAAUGACUCUGCCGUACCUCCCCAUCUGCCAAUGUCUCUGCCCAUCUACAGCCUAGCCACCACUGCACUCAGCACCACAAGCAGUGUCCCAGCCUCGGUGAUAGUCAGCAGCAGUGUAGGCACAGCCCUGCAGCCGCCUGCCAGCCGAGAACUGAACCAGAGCCACAACCUGCCACCGGUGGAUUCCAAAGUACCACAGUUCUCGACUGGCCCUUCCCAGCAGGCACUGGCUUGCCAGUUGCCUUCAGGGCAGCAGAAACUUCCUGGAGCCUCUCCAUCCCACUCACUACCUCAUCCUUCAAUGGGGGAAAACCCCCAGCUCCAGCCCACACACCUUUCCCAGAUCCAAUCUCCACACCAGUCCCGUCCUCCGUCCCAGCCUCAGCCCCUUUCCCGGCCACCUUCCCGGCCUCACUCAAGACCCCCUUCCCAGCCCCAGACUUUAUCCAGGCCGCCUUCUGAACCCCUGUCGCGGUCUUGCACCCCUCAAACUCAGAUGCAGAACUUAUACGUGAUCCAGAAUCAGAUUGCUUCCUCUCCUCAUGGUUCCAACCAGCAUCCCCUACGACCUCCCUCGCAGCCUCAGGUUUCACCGUUUCAAGCCCCACAAGCCCAGCCAGAGGGACAGCCUCAGCUAGCAACCCCUCCACAUCUGUCAUUACAGGUUCAGCUUGCUCCUCAACUCCAGCCCCAGUCUGAGGCUCAGGCACGGUUGCAGCCCCAGAUCCAGGCCUCUUCUGAAGUGCAGCAUACUCAUUCCCCCCAUUUCCAGUUGCAGUUCCCUGCCCAAGGCCCUAUUAAACCGCCCACCCCAACCCAGACCCUUCACCUGACAGCCGAACAACAGAGGAGCUUUCAGAUGGUGUCAAAUCAGUUCCAGGCUCUCUCCACAAUUCCAGUUCCUGUUCCUCAGCAGAAACAGUUAAUGGAUCGGUUUCAGCAGGUACCCCAGGGAAUUAUCCUGCAAACAAAACAGUCAACGUCCACUAGCCAGGCACCACCCGCCCUGAGCCAAUUUAGCAACCAGUCCUCUUCAGUGUUGGUUAGCAGCCAAGGACAGCAGCUCACAAUGACAACAAUUCCAGCUCAGGCACCAGCAGUCCAUGGCCAUACGCCUGUUCCCACAACCAUUCAGUCUUCCAGUACAGGUUCCGGCAAAGCAGCUCCUGUACUUGAAAAGGGGCAAGUACCGAGAGGAACAACAAGCGGAGGAGGAGGACAACAACCUGCACAGUGUACAGCGGUUCUUCAGCAGCAAACUCCCGUGUUGGUCAAAUCAGCAUCAGUAUCAAUUGCUGCUACGGUUCCUACCGAGAAUAAAACAUUUUCCAGCAGCUCCACCAUUAUUUCUGGAGGGAAAGCAACUUCGGGGCAAGGAAAAGCCACAAUUCCUCAUGCUGUACAACAGUCAGUUCAGGCCAAGCCUGGAGUCAUUAGCUCCGCAUCAGGCCUGAAUCUUGGGAAAGGGCAGCUGCCACUCCAGGUAGUUGGAAAAGGCUUGUCACAAGUCAUGUCUUCAGCACCAGCUCAAAUCCAGCAGCAGUAUGACAACAAGCUGGGAAGCCUGAAGAAAGCGCCCCCGAUGCUACAACCGAGCAAGGAAGCUUGCUUCUUGGAACAGCUACAUAAACACCAAGGAGCAGUUUUGCAUCCUGAUUACAAAACUUCAUUUCGGUCAUUUGAAGAUGCUUUUCAGAGGCUCCUACCUUACCAUGUCUAUCAGGGAACGCUGCCUUCUCCCCAUGAUUAUCGGAAAGAUGAAGAAUUUGAAAUGGUGUCCACGCAGCUGUUGAAACGUACACAAGCCAUGCUGAACAAAUAUCGGUUACUCCUCUUGGAAGAGUCCCGGAGAGUCAGUCCUUCGGCAGAGAUGGUGAUGAUUGACAGGAUGUUCAUACAGGAAGAAAAAACUACCUUAGCUCUUGAUAAACAGCUAGCAAAGGAGAAGCCAGACGAGUAUGUCUCCUCAUCUUCCCGCUCACAGAGCUUUGCUUCUUCUUCUUCGGCUCAAGGGUCUUUGCCCAGCCACGUUCCUUUGACCUCCGAGAACUUGAAAUCGCCUCCGGUACAGAUGCCAACUCAUAUCAACCCUACCAAAUUGGUCAUCAAGCACAGCGGAGGGUCUCCAUCCGUAACGUGGGCCAAAGCGUCUCCCUCAUUGGAUGGCGACGACGAUGCCCUGCCCUCCAGGAGCAGGCCGCCCAUUAAAACCUACGAAGCCCGGAGCCGGAUUGGGCUGAAGCUAAAGAUCAAACAAGAAGCCGGACUUAGCAAAGUGGUCCACAACACUGCACUGGAUCCCGUUCACCAGACACCGCCCCCCGUGUGCACGGUGAUCAAAACGGCUGACCAGCACUCGUCCACGUCAUCCGUUAGCACCACUACAGCUACGACGGCGACCGCCACGGCCUCAAUGGCGGGACAAAUGAACGGGACCAUUGACCAUAUCGGUGCAGCUCCAGUGGAGAAAAAACCCAUGGCGACCUACUGCAGGCUUCCUCUGCGUAAAACGUACCGGGAGAACGUGGAUGCUUUUGUCGCCGAGAAAGCUCCCGACGCCUCUCUCAAAGGAAGCGUUUCAAAAUCCGAUACGGUGCCAAGUACUCUUAUCAUCAAGCAGGAUGGGGGGUCCCGAAGUGUUAUCACAUCCCACAAAUCUCAGGAGAGUCCUUCCGGCGCGGUGGCUGAGAAGAGCAGGUCGGAGGAAAACACCAAACAUACUUUUUUCAACCGGAGCGAUGCCCGUUCUUUGGUGAUGCAAGGAAGCCCUGCCCCUCCUAAGACCGACGAUUCGACCAGUGGCCUUAUGAAGGAACUAGCAGAGGUGGAAGAUGAGUUUUACCAACGCAUGAUAAAGACUGAGCCACUCGACCACGGGUCGGCCUCCGAACUCGCGUGGGAGGUGCCUUUGCCCCCAGCCAAACGAAGAAAGUCUGAAUCUUUUGAUGUGGACAAUGCCAGCUUCUCCAGCGACAGCCCCCCCGAUGACUCGCUAAACGAGCAUCUACAGAGCGCCAUUGACAGCAUCCUGAAUUUGCAGCAACCUCAGGCCGGGAGCCAGAAUACUCGAACGCCCUCCUCUUCCUACAAUUCGUCCUCUUCCCCUUUCUCCUCACCCGUCCACCGCACGGACACGUACCUUGCCCCCAAUCACAACGGUGGCCUUGGAACCAGGACGUUAAACAGAUAACAGAAACUGAAAAGCGAGUCAAGACUGUAGAAAAAGGAGAGCCAAGGACUGAAGCUGCAGCAGCUUCUGCUGGCUGGGAACGGUUGGAAGCCAAGGUGCCACUUCCCAGAGACCUGCUAGAAUAGGGCUGAUACCAGAAGGGAAGAGUGGGGGUCCUGGGGUGGGGAGGGCAACAAGAAUGUCCUAUAGAGGCUUCAUCCAUCCAAGUGUUGAUUUGAUGGGUUUCAGUUGUUGUAAAGUACGAGCUUCGGCUGGAUUUACAAUAUACUCACCUCAUCACAUGCACCAUGAAAAACAAAGAAAAAGAAAAGGUUCAGCAAAUGCCAAGCAGGCAGGUGGGAGGGGGUUGGAUCGGGGCCCAUAGGUAGUGUUGGCUGUGUAAUAUUUAGAUUCUGUAACAAAUUGCUAAUUUGAAUCUCUGAUGAUAAUUGGGUUUGUUUUUCCUCCUCUCCCCAAACUCCACUACUAUAUUUAGGACAUGUUAACAAAUCUUAAAUCAGAAGCCAGCAGGGAGGCCAAAGGAACGGGGCAGGGGGUAAAGUGACAAUUUCCAGAAGGAGUUGGCACAUGGGGCAAUUAUGUAAUUGAUUUUGUCAGGUUUCUUAAGUUAUUUUAAGUAUAAACUGUCUGCUUUUUUUUUAUAUAUAUAUAUAAAAUAGAUUCUGAACAAGAUGCAAAAAAAUAUAUAUAUAAACACUAAUGCUUACAAACCAAUAAGCAUGGAUGAAUUUACAAAUAAAUCACUUUGAAAGAGGAAACCAGUCCAAUUCUGGACAGGGAUGAUGGGCGUCGUUACCAUAACCGUGGUGGGUGGAAGAAGGAAGGGUCCCGUCAAGAGGAUGUGUAUUUCUCUCUCCUCUUUUCCCCUCCCAUCCUGAAAGAAAGAAAUCAAGUUGGGAUUUUGAUCACAUGAUGGUCCAAGCUAAUCAUUUGCAUGCGGGGCUCAGGUAAAUGUUUGCUUGGAAACUGGACAGUUGCAGAAAGACAAGCUGGCUCCCUUUUCUAUAUACUGAUGAUAUUUUGCUCUGUGCCACAGUUGCCUGUGUUUGCCUAUAUUUGCCUCUCAUGGUUCAGUCCUCCGUGUGGUUGCUUCUAUUUUGAAAACAUGAUUUGGCCAUGCCUUGGUUGGAAGGUCUCAGCAGCCCCCAGUAGUCAUGUAGAGCAGGGGUCUCCAACCUUGGCAACUUGAAGACUUGUGGACUUUAACUCCCAGAAUAAGUCCACAAGUCUUCAAGUUGCCAAGGUUGGAGACCCCUGACGUAGAGAAGAAAACAGUGAUAUUAUUUUAGUACUCCUAUCCAAACUAAGUAAAUUUUAGUUCCCCUUAAUUUCGGUUGAUCUUAUCUCAAGUUUUCCCACGGAGUCCAUGUUACUCCGGGUCUCAUUCCACAGCUUCUCUGGAAUUCAUGUUCCCAUUUGUCUCUGCCGUUCUCAUUCACCGAUGGGAAUAAAGAUACCCAUCCUUUCAGAUUUACUUAGUUCUCUCGCUAAACUGUUGCACAUGCUCAUAAGUCAUUGACCAGCACUUCAUUCCUGGUUUCCACAUGUCACGUUUGAUCCACCACUUGUUUUUCCUCACAACCUAGACUUUUAAACAUAGGAAUUGUAGGACUAUUAGACUUGUCCAACAACAAGAAAUACCUCCCUCCCUCCCAAAUUAGAGGCUUCCCGGUAAAUUUUAAAGCGCUCUGUGAAAUCGAAACAAGGUGCGCCAAGUGGUUUCCAAGAUCAUGAACAAUCUUAGUCUUGAUUUAUGGAUAAGCAUAAAAGGAAACGUCCUUCCCACAUUAUAGCUUAUCAUAGGAAUCAUUUGUGUGAAUGUUGAAAUAGGAUGCAGCCUUCAUUAUCAUUAGCCCGGUAAAACAAAAACUCAACCAGUAUGAGGGACUAACGUGGAGCAGGCAUACAAAACAGAUCUGUCUGCUCCAUAGUCCCAGUUCUUCUUAGAAAUAAUGAAAGAGGCAGCCUUUCACAAAAGUAUUCACCGCUAUGCUGAUUUAAAAAAAAAAAGUCUUAAUUCCUUUUGCACCUUGGAGUUCUUUCUAAUGGCAUUAUCUAUAGCAGGGGUGGGGGACCACGGCCCCUUUAUGACUUGUGGACUUCAACUCCCAGAAUUCCUGAGCCAGCAUGCUCAGGAAUUCUGGGAGUUGAAGUCCACAAGUCAUAAAGGGGCCCUGGGUUCCCCCGCCCUGAUCUAUAUAGUCUUGUGCUUUUAGCCUCUGUUAGUUGUAAGCGUCACGGAUGAGGGUGUUCACUCAUGUCUUCCCUCUUCUAGUUUCCGGGGCCUAAUAAGAUAGUGCUCAAAGUGCUUUCGCAACUCCUUAUUUUCUUCCUCCUUGUACGUCUUACUCAUGUUGUCUAUUGCUACUUCCUCUGUAAGGGGGGGUGAUUUUCAUCCUGUAAGUAUACUCAUUGGCAAUACAGCCCACUGUUUUAGA